AUUUGAAUACCAAAGUAAAGGUGUACGUUUUUGUUACCGUAGUCUUUGGUUAAUGCAUGCGUAUUGUUUACAUGAUUACGAGUUCGUGGGAGAGGUGGGCUUUUAGUUGACAGGAAGGAAAUGUUUAAUUUUUGAAUUAAAUACUUGUACAAGUCCUAAAAACUGCGCACGAUGUCUGUAAGUGCAAGUGCUGAAAAUUUGGCGUGUGACAACCAAGGGGCGGGGGACGGGGCCAGCAUGUGCCUGGAGCUGGCGCUGGAAGGGGAGCGGCUCUGCAAGGCCGGGGACUGCCGCGCGGGCGUCGCCUUCUUCCAGGCAGCCAUCCAGGCGGGCACGGACGACCUCCGCACGCUCAGCGCCAUCUACAGCCAGCUGGGGAACGCCUACUUCUACCUGGGCGACUACGCCCAGGCCCUGCAGUACCACAAGCUGGAUCUCACCCUGGCCAGGACGAUGGGUGACAAGCUGGGCGAGGCCAAGUCGAGCGGCAACCUGGGCAACACGCUGAAGGUGAUGGGCAAGUUCGACGAGGCCAUGAUCUGCUGCAAACGCCACUUGGAGCUGGCGCGUGAGCUCAAGGACAAGCUGAGCGAAGGCAGGGCGCUGUACAACCUGGGGAACGUGUACCAUGCGAAGGGGAAGCACAUCGGCCGCGUGGGCAAGCAGGACCCCGGGGAGUUCCCGGAGGAUGUGCGGUCCUGUCUGCAGGAGGCGGUCAAAUACUACGAGGAGAACCUGCUGCUCAUGCAGGAGCUCGGGGAGACAGCCGCGCAGGGCCGCGCGUGCGGGAACCUCGGCAACACGUACUACCUACUGGGCAACUUCCAGCAGGCCAUACGCUACCACGAGGAGAGGUUGAAAAUUGCCCGUGAAUUUGGGGACAAAGCAGCGGAGCGCCGUGCCAACAGCAACCUUGGUAACUCACACAUCUUCUUGGGAGAGUUUGAGUCUGCAGCAGAACAUUACAAGCGGACACUGGUGCUGGCCCAGGAGCUGGGCGACCGGGCCGUGGAGGCCCAGGCCUGCUACAGCCUCGGCAAUACCUACACCCUGCUGAGAGACUACACCACCUCGGUGGAGUACCACCUGCGUCACCUCAUCAUCGCCCAGCAGCUGAUGGACCGCGUGGGCGAGGGGCGAGCGUGCUGGAGCCUGGGGAACGCACACUCUGCCAUGGGCAACCACGAGAAAGCACUUUACUUCGCCAUGAAGCACCUGGAAAUAUCCAAAGAGCUGGGCGACACCAUGGGUCAGGCGACGGCCCAGAUGAACGUGCUGGACCUGCGCAAGGUGCUGGGGCUGCCACCCGACCCGGAGGCUCACGGCGCGGCUGGCGCCCAGCCGUCCCCGGGACUCCACCGAUACAGGGUGAGAAGACUUAGCAUGGAACAGCUCGCCCUCCUCAAGCUGACGCCAGGCGGCAAGCAGCAAGCGACCACCAACGACAUUGCCAGCAGCAUGCCUGUCCUGCCGCAGAACAUCUCUGCGCCAUCCAACUCCAAUGUGUCUGAUGAGAACGAGAGCCAGCACCUGGACGACGAGGACUCCUUCUUCGACCUGCUGUCGCGGUUCCAGUCGAAGCGGAUGGACGACCAGCGCUGCUCGCUGGCAGUCGUGGAGAACAAGGAAAACACGUUGGUGCCGCAGAGGAGCAACCACAACAAUAACAGCAACAGCGGUGGUGGCGGCGACACGGCGGUGCUCAACAACAGCCUCGCCGUGCACAAGGCGUCCACUAGGAAUAGUGACGCAGGCAUGCAGCAGGACGACCUGCUCGACCUCAUAGCGGGCAUGCAGAGCAAGAGAAUGGACGAGCAGCGGGUGGCUCUGCCCCACCUCCCGGGGCUCCACCCCCCGGCCCAGUCGCAGGUGCUGCAGAGGCUGUCCGUGGGGGGCUUCAGCGACGGCAACACCACGCCCGACGACACCUUCCUCGAGAUGCUCAUGAGGUGUCAGGGGUCGCGACUGGAGGACCAGCGUAGCUCGCUGCCAGGGGAGGCGGGGCCCGAGCCCAGGACACCCGCACGGGGCGCCACGGUGCCAGACGAGGACUUCUUCUCCCUCAUCAUGCGGCUGCAGUCGGGCCGCAUGGAAGACCAGCGUGCCACCGUGCCGGCCCCACCCCUGGGGGAAGCCCGCACCAACCACCCUGCCCGCAAGGAGAAGAAGAAGUGACUACCGUGGUCCGCGCCAAGCUCCUUGGAUCGCGACACUCGGUGAAAUACUCUCGCGUUCAGAACGAUACUGAUCCUCUACGGACUUGCUAUCAGGGAAACUUCGUAGUCCGUGGCUAAUACUAUCAAGUCGUGAUAGUUAAAAAGAAAUUUAGCUGAGCCUUUUUUGGCAUGGCAUGGGACUAAGUGUAUAAAAUAGUCUUCUGCUGAAUCUACAAGCAACAAUUGUUAAAUUUAACAUGAACGAACUAUAUUAUUUUUUUUAAAAGCUUAUAUCUAAAUAAAUGUUUGACUCGUGUAGUAUCCACUAUACAGCUCUGUGGUUAAAAAUUUAACAUCUCUCUUUACUUUUAUUGUAAAUAGUCAAAAAUGAAAUUUAAUGAAACUAUGCCUUGUUUUAAGUGGUUUUUUAAUACCAUUUAGUUUUAUUAAUUCUACGUAUUCUGAGUUUGGUAUGUACCUGAUACUUUGCUGAAACUAUAGCCCGUCCCACUCUUAGAUUGCAGUACACGACUUAUGGCGCGCGCUGUUGCCAAAUCUCUAACACAUUACGAAUUUCAGGAGAUGCGUGUCUUUGUAAUUUGGAUCGAACAAGAAGCAUUUUAAGAAAUCAUAUCGUAAUUUAUAAUAUUUUAUACUAUUACACACACAAAUUUGUAAUAAUGCCACUUUUAUGUAAAUUUCAAAUAAAAACUACCUAUUGUAGACAAAAUUUUCUUAUAGUUUUCUUUUCUGUUCUAAAAAUCCCAUAUAUAUAAUUAUAUACAUUUAUACAGCGAAACCCCUUAUUUACGUUACCGUUAUUUACGUUUUCCCGUUAUUUGCACUAUAUUCUUCAGGUCCCGUUUGGUUCCCAUAUAGUCCAAUACAAUACUUUCCCGCGAAUUACGUCUCAAAAAUCGAAUCAAUCCCGCUAUUUACGUCACGUAACAACCAUAAACAACCAGAAAAUACCGUGGAGCUAGUAGGCAAUGAACAUUUUAAAUAGCAAAAUAUACAUAUUUUAUAACAUGAAAAGUUGCUUUUAUUUCUAAACAUGUAAUAAUUUAAGCCUAGGCGUGUAAAAGUACGAGUAAUUAUAGCAGGAGACAAUCUAAAAUGCACGAGGGAAAAACGUAAACUCAUGAAUGUACAAACAUGGCUGCUUGUAAGUUCUGAUACUGUAUUUAUGUCACAACUUAGCCGAAAUACUGGUACGAGACAUAAACUUCACAAGAUAAAAUGAGCGGUGUCUUGGUAACUGUUUUAUACGUCUUUUAUAAUUUGGGAAGUAUUGUACAGUUGACGCCAUAUUUUUUAAACUAACCAUUUAUUUCUGGGGAUCGUAAAUAAUUAAUUAUUGGUAUCAAGACAUCAUGAUAAACGUAAACUUGAACAUGUCACGGCAGCGAGAAAACUGGUGCGUAUACCAAUAAAUUGGUAUUAGAACUGGAUAAAAUUGGUACACGGGAGGUGGAGCUUAUAUUUUUUUCCGCUAAGCUCGCAUCUAUUGGUUGGCGGCUGAUGGCGUCAUGAGUCUGGGCGGAGCAUAGAGUGCGCAUGCGCCGCCGCGUCGUUACAGCAGCUGACCAAGUACAAUGACCUUUCUCCGCGUUUGGCGCGCUAUUGACGGUAAAUAUUCAUCAAUUUGCGGCCUUUUCUUAAAAAUUUUUUUACUGUGAGCAAUGUGUAUGUAGCCCGUAUUUGUUAUAAACCCUGCCGGUUGCAACUGUAUUUAUAAUUUGGAGAGGCAAAUAAUCUCCUUGAACAGCUAAAAAAGCAAGCAGAAGAAAAUUUCAAAUUUAUUUUUUAGGAAGUAAUCAGAAAAACAUUUUGGCUUUCAUUCUUUUUUUAUUUUUGUCAAAUGUGGUAAAUUAAUAAUUGAUUAAAUACUAAAGUAAAAUUUGCUGUUAGUGUGUUUGUACCUGCAUUGUAGUAUGUGCUAUUAAACAAAAGGAAAAAAAUUCUAAAUAAGGUAAACUGUACUCCUUUUUAUACUUUUCCCUUUAUUUACACUUUCCCGCUUUUUACACUUUUUUACUUUGUCCCCAUGAAAAGUGCAAAUAAGGGGUUUUGCUGUAUAUCACAUUUUCAUGGGCCCGAUAAAUGCCGUAUUUUUGGACAAGUCAUGUCCAAAAUGAUAAAUAAAAUACGGUAAUGGAAAUUCUCGGUCGAGUAAGUUAUGGGAAAAAUCCAAACAAUUGGUUCGAAAUGGGGAAGAUUUUUUGAAAAACAGAAAAAUCGCAACAACUCCCAUAAUAUCGAAUCCGUUUUAACGUAUGAGGAUUACCUAAUGCCGAAAAAUGUUUUCUAAAUACAUUUUUGAUACGACCAGCCAUAACUGCAUGGGUUUGAAAAAAAUUUUCACCGGACAAAAAAACGUAACUGCCUUAGUAAGACACCUUAUCAAAUCUGUUUAAAUUGUUUGUAAUAAUAUCAUAAUUAUUUUCCAAAACUUUGUCUAAAACAAUGUUUGAUAAGAUGCUUGGUGAGAAGGAUAGAAAAAUAAUUCAAAUUUUUGUACCAUGAUCGCUAUUAAAUUCCUUCGUAUUUAUUUCAUACAUUUUAAAUAUUAUGUUCAAGAAUCGAUUAUAAUAUUUUUUGUUGACUAAGGAAGCCAUGUAUUUGAAAUUGCUUGUAGGACAGAACCCCACUUAUCUAAACACACGACCCUGUUUCCUCUUACGACGGCAGCGCGCGCUCUUGUACUGAUAAGACACAUCUUUAACAGCUAUUUCCACGGAAACUGUAGAAGCAAUUGAGAUGGAGCUGCUUUUAAAAACUAAUUCAAUUCAUUGUGAACAUUUUUCUCGCUUUCGUCCCCCAUCUAUCUUUAAUAGAAAAAAAUUUUUCCGCGGGUCAACCUUUUGAUGUGUCAGUUUGUGAGAAAAUGCAUUUCAAUAUAUUAAAAAAAUUAUUUAAGUGAAACCUGUACAGUUUUUGUCUUAACAUUUGUUCGGUGGCGUCCUAAGGCAUUAAUUUACUAAUAAAAAAAAUCUGAAUGAAAUACACAUGUAGGUUUUCUUUUUUUGAUGUGAAACAUAUCGGAAUACUUCAAAACAGUUCGCAGCGUAUAAGUUAUGUUUUUUAAUUUUUUCGGACAGUUAAAAUAUUGUUAAGUAUUCAAAAUAAGCAUUGCCUGAUGCGUAUUUUGAUUCUAUACAAUAUGAAAAAAAGCUUGGUCCAAAAAUUAAAAUUUUAAAUUUCGUUUGAUAUUUGGCAACAACGCACGAAGAAACAAGGACAGUGCUAACGGCAAUCGGCGUGUGUUAGAGAGAGAGAGAAUGCGCCCAUUUACUUCCAUACUGCAAUCUAAGAGUGGGAUGCUCUUUAGUGCAUGUUGUUUGUGAAGUUUGUAAACACAUAUAUUGUACCUUGUAGUUACUUUAUGUAACUUUUUGUUACCUUGAAGGUGUUUCAUCAUUCUGCCUCAUGAUUGUUUAUUGAUAAGGCAAAACAUGAUUUAAUGACUGA